AUGGAGUCAUUACAAAGAAAAAAGUUGCACGAACUACUUGCUCGUGCAGACGUUUUGGCGGGCAAGACCGAGUCUGACACUCGAGACGGUGCAAACUCCGGAGAUGCGAAAGAGCUGUUAGGAAUACGGGACAUGAGAUUGAUCCAUACAAUGUUGGAGAUCGUUGUAUGCUGGGGAAUUUACCCCUCUUUUAUGAAAGGCGUCGGCAUUCCACUUGCACAAAGGAGUCGUUCAGGAUUUGUCCAAUCCGAUAACUUUCAGAUGUUUUCUCCAAACAUUUCUACUUUGAGAUCGAAUGAGCAACCAGACCAACAAAGGCUCUUUGUUUUAGCAGAGAAAUUGACGCAGAUAGCUCUCUGCACCCCCACGAAACCAUUAACUUAUACAACGGUAUCAUCAAUAUUGUUUGCAAAGCAUUUGACGGAUCUAUAUGCAGCAUUGCUACAAUUAGCGUAUGCGCCUAAUUUGGAGAAUGAUAAUGAGAAUACACGAAAUGAGAUCCGUCAACAUAGUAAAGAGCUAUUUAACGAAAUUUUUACGAGAGCUGACAUGUUUCGCUCUUUAGACUCUCUUAUUACGCUCCUUGGCUCUCCUCCUCUUCAUUCAGCUCCCAAAUGGCUCAGAACUGUCUGUGGCAAAUUACUCACAUCAGUAUUACUGAGACCUGAUGGUGUGCAAGCCGUGGUUGAUUUUAUGGUUGGAGGCGAGAACGAAGUGAGCCCGACAAAGAUGGCAAAAAUUUCUCAAUUGAUUUUAUCUGUUCCGAGCCAAGCGUCUUCUGUUCAGGAAUAUUUUUCAACAAUUUCUCCUCAGUUGAUUAAAAUCUUGCAGACAAACCUUCCAAAGAACCAAUCUCUCCUCGACCCGGUGUUGACUUCUGAACAAACCAUCUCGUCACUUAUCAUGGUCCUCUAUCGUAUUUUAGUAAGUAGUGAACCUCCUACCCUGGAGACUCUGAAACUGUUUUUGGGUGAUAUAAUUGCACCCAUUUAUUAUAUGUACGCAUUUGCAUGUACUGCUAAAGUAUGGUUAAAGGACAGUCUUCGAGAUGUGUUACUGGCGUAUUUCAGAAUUGUUGGAGACUUGAAUGCGAUAAAGGAGAUUGUAUUUAGACGAGGGAAAGAGAGGGAAGCCAAGGACGUUGGGGAGGUCGGCGAGAUCUAUUUCGCCCGCGGCGAAAGUGGGGGAAUUGAAAUGCGGAUAAGAAGAUCGAAAGGGUUUUUACCUCCAACAGUGACCUAUUUAGACGUCGACAUUUUUAUUGAUUUUCUCAAAACAUUGGCAAAUAACGAAUUGUCCGGAGACAUCUUUAUGUAUCUUCUGAACGAAUAUACAGCCGUUAAAAACGAUCGCGUCCGAAUAACGCAAACAAAAAGAGUUCUUACUCUCCUUCAUCUCAUCCUUGCAAUGAUUGAUUGUCUGGGUUCGACCAUUAUACAAAAGCCCGGACAAAUAAUAUCUUUUGUUGAUAAUGUUUUGGAAAAUUAUGGGCAGAAGGGGUUUAGCAACUCUGCACAAAAAAACUCCCACCUCACAAAGCAGGAGAAUCACAUUCUAGAUCUUCUUUCCGACCGUCUUGCCAAGUUUUCCAACCAUUGGUCAUCUGACAUCCGCCAAAUGUCGCGAAAUCUGUGUAUUGCUAUAUCUGUGCGUAGCCUUACUUCGCCCGUGGAUGACGCUGAAAAAAAGCGACAGCAGUCUUUAAAGAAGUACCAAGAAGCGCUCGAAGCAUUAAGAGAUACUAUACUUCCUGUCCGUGCACGGGGAAUAGUGAUGCUUAGAGAGAUGAUUCUCGCGCGAGACCCCAUUAUGUAUGAAGGCGAUAAUUUAGAUCACGUCUUGGAUAUUUUUAUAAAGAUGAUUGAAGAAGAGGAAAGCUUUAUUUAUCUUAAUGCAGUCCGUGGAUUGUCUUCGCUUACGGAUGUGCAUGGAGAGAAGAUAAUGAAAAAGUUAAUGAGCAUAUAUAGUAAUCCGAAGGAAGCGAUGGAUAGUAGAUUACAUAUCGGCGAAGCUAUUUUGCAGACUAUACAAAGAUGUGGUGAUGCGCUUGGAAAAUAUAUCUUGAUAUUGCUCCCACCGCUUUUGCAAAUUCUCGACAAAGAUACAAACACCAAUCUUCGUAUGUCAGCAUUGUCGAUCAUCGGUUGCGCGUGUGAGACGUCCUCGACUGCUCUCACCAACUGGUUUCAAGAUCUAGUGGAUUGGAUUUUAAAUAUUCUCGCUAUUGAGAAAGCACCCGAGAUACGGCGUGCGUGUGUGGCACUUCUGAUAUCUCUUUUUCGUGGUCUUGGUUCUCGCACGCUAUAUGAGAUUCAUGGUCGCCUGUUAAAACGCGCAUAUACUACUCUAAAAUAUGUUGAGGGUGUAGACAAGGAUGAUUUGACGAGAUAUCACGCGAGGGUUGCCCUUAGCGAUCUAGACGUGAUCAUUAAGGGAGAGUUGAGCAAGACACCAGGUCAUUCGUGA